CACACAUUUUGGCGUAUUCGUGCGUGCGACGUCAGUGCGUCAGCUGGCUAGUGUUUACAUCCAGGUUUGCAGCCACAGGAGCAGCAGAGUAUUUCCGAAGAAAACCUUGAAAACACUGCCAAUAAAUCCACUGAGGGAGACACCGCCUUAUUGCAUGAAACAGCAAAGAAACUCUAUACUUACACGGUCCACCGCAGCAUCCCUCACUCUUUCGUCACAAUGGGGGGAGCGGUGAGUGCAGGGGAGGACAACGACGAACUGAUUGACAACCUGAAGGAGGCGCACUACAUCCGCUCGGACCUGGUGGAGCGUGCCUUCCGAGCCAUCGACCGCGCCGACUACUACCUGGAGGAGUACCGCGACAAUGCCUACAAGGACCUGGCCUGGAGACACGGGAACAUCCACCUCUCGGCGCCCUGUAUCUACUCGGAGGUGAUGGAGGCCCUGGACCUGCAGCCGGGCCUGUCCUUCCUCAACCUGGGCAGCGGCACUGGCUACUUGAGCACCAUGGUGGGCCUCAUACUGGGACCGUUUGGAGUGAAUCAUGGAGUGGAGCUGCAUGCAGAUGUGAUAGAGUAUGCCUACCAGAAACUGGACCUCUUCAUUAAAACCAGUGACAGCUUUGACAAAUUUGAGUUCUGUGAGCCCGUAUUUGUGGCGGGCAACUGCCUGGAGAUCCCCCCAGACAGCAGACAGUAUGAUCGGGUGUACUGUGGAGCAGGGGUCCAGCGCGAGCACGAGAGCUACAUGAAGAACCUGCUGAAGGUGGGGGGCGUCCUGGUGCUGCCCCUGGAGGAGAAGCUGACCAAGAUCACCCGCACAGGCCAAAAUUCCUGGGAGACCAAAAAGAUCAUCGCCGUGUCCUUUGCACCACUGGUGCAGCCAAGACAAGAUACCAAUGGCAAAGCCAGGACUGUGCCACUACCCAUGUUUGAGGUGCGGUCGCUGCAGGACCUGGCCCGCCUGGCCAUCCGGCACACGCUCAGGGCCACGUCCGGGGCGCCCGAGGGCCGCAGCAAGGGCCGUGUGUCGUUUCCGGGGGCUCGCGCCAUGCACCGAUACGGGCCACGCUUCAAGCGCCGGCGCCUGCACCGUCGGCGCGUGGACUCGCUCAUCCUGCGCGACUCGGCCAUCCCGUCGCUCGUCGAGCUGAGGGCACAUGGGGCGCCGAGGGAGAGCGAGGAUGGAGAGGAGGAGGAAGAGGAGGGGCGGGGGAGAGGAGGACGAGGAGGAGGCAACGGCGGACGGCGGGGGAAAGGCGUUAGGGGGGAGGAGGAGCAGGAGGACGAGGAGGAGCAGGCAGCCCGAGACGAGGAGGAUGAGGAAGAGGAGGAGAAAGGCAAGGGCGAGCCCCAGGGCGAACCGCCUGUCAACAUCCUGCGCGAGAGGAUUCUGGGAUUGCCCCUGCCCGAGCCGUUGAAGAUGUACCUUCUGUACUACCGUGAGAAGUGAGGAUGAGAAGAAUGAGAAGAGAUCGUGGCUCUCCGUUCCUCUGUACUUCCCAAACCUCUUGUCUGUCUCUCUUGACCUAAGGAGUGCAUUUUACAAGCAGAGAGAAGGCUUCUGGUGAAUGGCCGACAGAUGUCACUCAUCAUAUCAGACUGAGUAUGAGUGCUAAUUAAGAUUGGUGACACUACUGUCUCAGCCUCCUGGUGUGAAUACCUAAGCCCAUUUUACCCAUCGAUUUAUACAUUUGGUGAGAAAGUUUGGAUUUGCCAAGCAGAUCAGGUUAACGGGGCCUGCUCUUUUUUGUUGAUUUCUUUUCUUUUUUUUUUGUUGUUGUUAUUAUUAUUAUAAUUUUGAGCUGGCAUACAUUGCAAAGACAGAAGGGAAUAAGCAUAUGGCUUUUCCAGAUGAGCCUGAGUAUGUGGUGGUGUGGUGUUUUUCCUUGGCGGUCUUUGAACAGGUUGCUUAAGCACUAGUGCACAAAGCUGAAUUAAUUUUGAUGUUUGCAUAAGGUGAUGUGGCAGAUGGGACUGUGUUGUAAAUUCCUGAAAUGUGGCUUUGUUUUUUGGGGCCUAAAAGCCUGCUGAGCCCCUUGGUUCCUGAUCUCCCACCACUCCGGUUUUCAUUCUGUCAUGCAAGGAUCUUCAUGUACCUGACCUGACCUGCCCCGUCGUCCAUCUUUACAUUUGUUGCAGUGGUUCAAUAUAAAGCUGUCAGCAUUUUACUGACAGUGUUUCCAAGUGAUUUUUACUGAUGGGUUUUUUCAUUUCCGUAGAAACCUUCUAUUAGAAGCAGUGUAGUAUAAUGUCUCAAUUAAUAAUUUGUCAUAUGCAUUAAGUGUAAAUUUAACACUGAAAAAUCUAUCUGCUCGUGUUGGGGGGUUUGUUCUAUGUUGUUGUGCUCUCCACUGUAUUUGAAUUUCUGUAGUGGUUAUUCCUAAAAUGAGACUCACAGGGUUUAAGUGUCUAUACAACUACCAGCAUGGGGCGCACAGGAGAGCGGGAAAAGACUAAAGGUUUGUCAGAUAUGAUUGCAGGAGAUUGUGUUGGAUUGGCCAAUAUAUUUUUCUUUUCUAUGAAUGAUUUAUCUUUCCUCGUUGAACCAGGUUUACACUUUUGUGAUUCAUCUGGGGUGGAGUGUUCAUAUUCCUGUGUGCAGCCAAUGAGGUGAGGUUAAGUGUGUGUGUGUGGGGGGGGGGGGAGCACAGCAAAGACUGGAUUUAGUUUUCUUGGAAGCAUCUUUUUUUCACGCACCCUACUCUAUUAUCCAAAUCCGAACGCAUAUAUUUUUCCCAGAACAAAUUAUUUCAGUUUCUGCUGCUGUUAAUGAUGAUGAGAAUGGCUUGAAUUUUUGUAGUUUCUAGUUCUUAGGUCUCUGAAAGACCUUUUUUAUUUGUUUUAUUGUUUUGCAUUGUUCUUCCCCAAAAAGCAUAAGGCAGGGAGAUGAUUAUCCUACAGCUCAAAUACCCAUGGGACUUUCUAAGUGCCUUAUGAGCAUAUACAUUAUUGAAUACAUAUAUUAAUAAAUAAUUCAGAAAAUGAAUAAAUGUCACAUCUUUCAAUAAUGAAAAAUAACAUAAUAUGUGGUCAUCUAAGUUUUUAUGUUGAUGUGAUGACAGUCGUAUAUGUCAAACACAUUGAUAGAUUAUAUGGUCUCUUCUAAUAGGAAGGGGGAGAGAAAAGCGAUGUACAAAGGAUUGGCCUUUCGGCCAGAAUGACCCUUCUAUGGGGAGAUCUUGUUUUCUUUUUUUUUUUUCUCUGAACCAUUCCCUUUUCUUUCUCUGGUUGUCAUUUCUGAAAGAUUUUCAUUUCUUUACAUUUACUAUAUUAGAUGAAUGUAGAGGUUGUGAUCUUUGCAUAAUGCUGUAUGCUGUUUAUGGUGUUCAAAGGUUUUUCUGUUGGAAGUUCAUCCGCACUGCUGGUGGUCUGCAAUAAAAAAAAAAUAAUAUAUGCAAA